AUGAGCGGCGGUGCCGGUGUCGACUGGCACGAUGAGAUGGAUAUCCCGAAAAUGGAGCUGCUCAACGCUGCCUACGAAGGAAACAUAACGAAGGUGGGUGAACUGCUUCGAAUGGGAGUGAAUAUCGAUUCAUACGAUGACGACCAUGUCACUUCUCUACAGAUUGCCGCCUUCACUGGAAAUAACGCUAUGGUGACAUAUCUAUUGGACGAAGGUGCCGAUCUAGAGGCAUGCAACCAGGUCGGUAUGACACCAUUUCAUCACGCUUGUCGUGAAGGCCGAAUGACUGUUGUCGAAACGCUGCUCCAACGAGGUGCCGACAUUCAUCGGACCACAUUUAUGGGUGCGACGGCGCUAACUCUUGCUGCUGCUGGAGCACACCUACACAUCGUGAAGAAGUUGGUAUCACUGCGUCUGGAAGUCUCACCGCCAACUAUGGGAUUGUGUCCGACACCACUCAUAGCGGCUGCAUUCCGUAGUAGUCCACAAAUUUGUGGAUUUCUUAAUCAUCGUGGAGCACCAAUCGACGAGACCUUGGACUCCUUACUUGGUCUUUCUGCACUUUCAUGUGUGUUGAUGUGUUCGUCUACAAGCGUUUUUUGUGCUCUUCUGGACCUCGGAGCUGAUCCGACUAAAAAGACCCUUAAGAAGAAAACUGCUGCCGAGUUAGCUGAGCAAUUCAAACGGCAUGAUGUGCUAGCGAUACUGGCCGAUAAAAGCCGAAUCAGACACCAUGAUCGGAUCGCCGUCGGUGACAUUCGCCAACUGAUCGUCGACAAUCAACUGGACUGCGCAGAGUUUGAACGCGGAAAACAGACGCCGCUUGCCGAAAGCGCGACACCGCUCAUAUCAUUUUUUCGUAGUCGAAGUUCCGAAGCUCCUAUCGUCAGCACGGGAACGACUGAACAAGCAGUUAACGAUCCAAUGGAAACAUAG